CGUUUGAAACGGCGACGUUUCUCUUCCUUUGUCUGCUUCAUAAUUCAUAUGAACCGGGAAGCUCGAAGCUUCAAUCUUCCUCCGCCGAUCUCGACGAGCUUUCAUGGCUCUGCAAGUCCUCGGCUGCACGAGCCACCCUAUCCGCUUUGCGCUUCACCGCGUUGAACGACGGCGUUACGCUGUCACCGCCGGCGACGUUAGAAGGAAAAAUCUCCGAUUUGCCGGAAAACCAGAAUUCUCGCUCUCCCUCCGACGUAAAGCUAAGCAUGUUCGGUUGCCUUCGCUUAAUUGCUCGUCGGUGAAUGGAGUCGCAGUGGAAAAGUCGGAAUAUUACGAGGGAGGAGGAGAAAAGGCCGCCUUUCCCGAGAAAAUCCGGCAAUGUAUCGAUUUCAUACGGACGAUAUUGCCAGGCGGAAGUUGGUGGAGUUUCUCCGACGAGGUAGAGACUAAGUUCAUGGCGAAACCGGUGACUGUAUGGCGGGCGCUUAGCCGCAUGUGGGAACUGGUGGCUAAGGAUCGGUGGGUUAUCUUCGCCGCAUUCUCGACUCUUAUUAUUGCUGCGCUCUCAGAGAUAUCCAUUCCACACUUUCUGACAGCUUCGAUAUUCUCGGCACAAAGUGGUGAUAUUCCUGUGUUUCAUAGAAAUGUGCGGCUCUUGGUUCUGCUUUGUGUUACUUCAGGAAUUUGCAGUGGCAUAAGGGGAUGCUUCUUUGGCAUUGCAAACAUGAUACUAGUGAAACGGAUGAGGGAGACGUUAUAUUCUACUCUUCUCCUUCAGGAUAUAUCAUUUUUCGACUCUGGAACUGUUGGUGACUUGACAAGCAGACUUGGAUCGGAUUGUCAGCAAGUCUCAAGGGUCAUUGGGAAUGAUCUUAACUUGAUAUUUCGCAAUGUGCUUCAGGGUGGUGGUGCAUUGAUCUACUUGAUGAUCUUGUCUUGGCCUCUUGGGCUGUGCACAUUGGCAAUAUGCUCUACUUUGGCAACAAUUAUGUUCAUCUAUGGGAUGUACCAGAAGAAGACAGCAAAGCUAGUUCAAGAGAUCACAGCUUCUGCAAAUGAAGUGGCUCAAGAGACAUUCUCUUUGAUGAGAACUGUGCGUGUCUAUGGGACAGAGAAGCAAGAACUUAAAAGGUACAAUCAUUGGCUUGAAAAAUUGGCGGCUAUAAGCUUGAGACAAAGUGCUGCGUAUGGGAUUUGGAACUGGAGCUUCAACACUCUUUAUCACUCAACUCAGAUUAUCGCUGUCCUGAUUGGAGGAAUGUUUAUCUUAGCCGGUCGUAUAACAGCAGAGCAACUGACGAAGUUUAUAUUAUAUAGUGAAUGGUUAAUAUAUUCUACAUGGUGGGUGGGAGAUAAUAUAUCAUCUUUGAUGCAAUCAGUCGGAGCCAGUGAAAAAGUCUUCCAAAUGAUGGAUCUCAAGUCCAGUGACCAAUUCAUAUCAAAAGGAACAAAAUUGCAGAGGCUAACAGGACAUAUCGAUUUUGUCAAUGUCUCUUUCUGCUAUCCUUCAAGAGCAGAGGUGUCCGUGCUUCAAAAUGUGAGCAUUUCUGUGCAUCCUGGUGAAGUGGUGGCACUCGUUGGUCUGAGUGGUAGUGGCAAGAGCACCCUGGUUAAUCUUUUGCUACGGCUCUAUGAACCAACAACCGGUCAGAUUCUAAUCGAUGGGGUUCCUUGUCAAGAGUUGGAUGUCAAAUGGCUGAGGGAGCGAAUUGGAUAUGUGGGACAGGAACCAAAACUCUUCCGCACAGACAUCAGUUCCAACAUCAGGUACGGAUGUAGUAGAAAUGUAACUCAAGAAGAUGUAGUAUGGGCGGCAAAGCAGGCAUAUGCACAUGACUUCAUCUCAGCACUUCCCAAUGGGUACAACACAGUGGUUGAUGAUGAUCUACUCAGCGGAGGACAGAAACAGCGGAUUGCAAUUGCCCGGGCUACCCUCCGAGAUCCCAGAAUUCUUAUCCUCGAUGAAGCAACCAGUGCACUUGAUGCAGAGAGCGAACACAACGUCAAGGGAGUUCUCCGUGCUCUUGGUAGCGAUUCAGCGACAAAGAGAAGCGUCAUAGUGAUAGCACACAGACUGUCGACGAUUCAGGCUGCAGAUAGGAUAGUAGCGAUGGACGGUGGGCGAGUGGUUGAGAUGGGGAGUCACAAAGAGCUAUUGCUUAAAGAUGGAUUGUACUCGAGAUUGACAAAGAGACAAGUCGACACUGUCGUAUAAACCGGGUUCUAUUGCUUUAAAGGCAAUAUAGAUGUCCAUGAAUCUGUAUCAUACGGAACAUGCCGAGCUCUGGUCGUGACUAUGUGUUAUUUGAAUGGUCAUGACUUUUGAUGCAAGUGUAUAUAGAUGUUACCCAUACAUCUAUUGUAAGCUUACCAUUUGUCCUCCAUAUACAACAACACUUCCAUGUAGUUCUUGGAUUCUGUGACGAUUCUAAAAUAGUUCAAUGCAAAACAUACAACGUUUGACUUU